UCGAUAUGAAAGUGAAUCAAUUUAAUCGACACUCAGAAGAAGUUCGAAGAAAUAUUGCGGACAUUCUUUUGGCGACAAUGAAUAUAUUGUAUUCACAAUACAAGCAAAUCAAGUCUUCGACUCCACAAACAGUUAAUAAAUUCGGAAUCAUUGGAGACAUUGAUAAUAAGGAACAGAUAUGCGCUGAGAUGAGGGCAAAGGCCAGGGCUAUCAUUACAUACGCGGGAAUGAUUCCCUACAGAAUGCCCGGCGAUUCCAACGCUAGACUCGUUCAGUUGGAAGUGUUGAUGAAUUGAUUGUUUUAAACACAUUAUGAAUAUAAAACAUAACAUUUGCUGAUAAAUAAAUACAAAUUAAUUUAUGUAAUCGAUUAUAAUAAUAAUGCUUUGAUUUUCAAAUAAAUAAUUUUAUGUUUAAA